UCAUUUGUAUUCUCUUCCCUGCUACUUUGGUCAAAAGCGAGUCCAAUACCUAUCGAUCGACCCACCCACCCAACCACUCAGAUUCAUCAUUGACCGACUCCGAUACAUCAUCAUAAAUCAACGCAAACCAAACCCUCUUUCUCUAACCCUCCCUUGCAAAACUAGUAAUCGGUUUCUUGUUCAAACCCUCGUCAAUCGAAAUUACUAAGGGGGAAGAACUUAGCACCAUCAUAUCAUGGCUUGGGGCACCUUAGUUGCUUUGGUAAUCGUAUUAGUAGCAGCGGCAGAGUUUACAUCGACGGUUAGUGGAAAUUCUGAAGGGGACGCGCUUUACGCCCUUCGCCGGAGCUUAAACGAUCCCGAUAAAGUACUUCAGAGCUGGGAUCCUAAUCUUGUUAGUCCCUGCACCUGGUUUCACAUCACCUGCAAUCAAGACAACCACGUUACUCGUGUGGAUCUUGGAAAUUCAAACUUGUCUGGCCAUCUUGUACCUGAACUAGGAAAGCUUGAACAUCUACAGUAUCUGGAGCUUUACAAAAAUACCAUUCAGGGUACAAUUCCUGCAGAAAUCGGUAACUUGAAGAGCCUCAUAAGCUUGGAUUUGUACAACAACAAUAUCUCUGGCAAAAUUCCACCUUCACUCGGGAAAUUGAAAUCUCUAGUGUUCUUGCGUCUUAAUGAUAAUCAUCUAACUGGAAGAAUCCCUAGGGAACUUGUUGGUGCUUCAAGCUUGAAAGUUGUGGAUGUAUCGAAUAAUAACCUAUGUGGAACAAUUCCUACCACUGGUCCAUUUGAACACAUCCCUUUGAACAACUUUGAAAACAAUCCUCGUUUGGAAGGGCCAGAGUUGAUGGGACUUGCAAGUUAUGAUACAAACUGCUCUUAAAGAGUGUUGUUACUUGAUGUUAAGUUUGAACCCAUGGUGAGUUGCAAGAACAACAUAUGGUUGGUUAGUUUGUUAUAUUUUGUGUAAAAUUAUGUUAUGUUUGUAUGGGUGUCUGUGGUCUUGAAAAAUAUAAAAUAUUUGGUUAUAACCAAUGGAAGUUGUAUAACCUUAAACAUGUGUGUGUGUGUGUGUGACUGAGUUUCGGCUAUAAACUUGUUUCCCCAUAUUUUGUGA